AUGGGCAUGAUGAUUCAAUUUAAGAAGUCUAUGAUGCAAGCUUUUGAUAUGACUGACCUAGGGAAGAUGAGAUUCUUUCUUGGCAUUGAAGUUUUACAAAGACCAGGAGGGACUUUUGUGUGUCAAAGAAAAUAUGCCAAUGAUAUCUUGAAGAAGUUUGGAAUGACUGAGAGCAAACCGGUGAAGAGUCCAAUUGUCCCAGGUUUUAAGAUUAAUAGAGAUGUUGAUGGUGUUGCUGUGGACGACACUUACUUCAAGCAGAUUGUUGGAAGUUUAAUGUACCUUACAACUACAAGGCCGGAUAUUAUGUUUGGUGUGAGCUUAAUCAACAGGUAUAUGUCAAAACCAACUGAGUUGCACUUACAAGCUGCUAAAAGAAUAUUAAGGUAUUUAAAAGGAACUGCUAACUAUGGGAUACUGUACAAGAAGGGAGGGGAAGAAGACUUGAUUACUUUCACAGAUUCUGAUUAUGCAGGAGAUGAGGAAGAUUCUAAAAGUACAUCUGGAUAUGUUUUCUUAUUAGGUUCGAGAGCAGUGUCAUGGAUGUCCAAGAAGCAACCUAUCGUUACUCUCUCAACUACAGAGGCAGAGUUUGUUGCUGCUGCUGCCAGUGCUUGUCAAUCAGUGUGGAUGAGAAGAAUUUUGAGAAAUUUAAAUCAUGCUCAAGAAGGUAGCACUGUUAUCAUGUGUGAUAACAGUUCAACAAUUAAACUCUCAAAAAAUCCAGUAAUGCAUGGUAGGAGCAAGCAUAUUAGAGUGCGUUUCCAUUUUUUAAGAGAUCUUGUAAAAGAUGGGGAAAUCGAGCUAGCUAGUGCACUGUGGAACUCAGGAGCAGAUUGCAGAUUUGAUGACUAA